GUGAGAAGACCUCCAAUGUUUAGUAGUGUUUAGCUCGUACUUUUCCAAAAAAGAAAUAUAAAACAAUAAUUGAACAAUUGUAAAUCACCUGUGAACGAUGUCAUCCGGUCGGAAGUGCAACAACUGCGGCAGUGCCGACAUCGAGGUGGACAACGCGCGCGGUGAUGCCGUCUGUACCAACUGUGGUUCGGUGCUGGAGGACAACAUCAUCGUGUCGGAGGUACAGUUCGAGGAAAACGCUCACGGUGCAUCCAGUGCGGUCGGUCAGUUCGUGGCGUCCGAUUCGAAGGGUGGCGCGACAGCGUACGGCAAGUUCCACGUCGGUACUGGGACGGAAUCACGGGAGGUUACACUGCGAAAAGCCCGGCAGGGUAUUACACAUCUGUGCCAUCAGUUGCAUCUGAAUAAUCACUGCAUCGAGACGGCUUGUAACUUUUUUAAGAUGGCACUGAUUAGACACCUGACGCGGGGACGGAGGAAUACACACAUUUACGCCGCUUGCGUGUACAUUACCUGCCGAACGGAGGGGACAUCGCAUCUCCUGAUUGAUAUAAGCGAUGUUUUGCAAAUCUGCUGCUACGAGCUGGGUCGUACCUAUCUUAAACUGUCUCAGGCACUGUGCAUUAAUAUACCGUCAAUCGACCCAUGCAUCUAUAUUAUGCGCUAUGCCAACAAGCUGGAAUUUGCUGAAAAAACUCACGAGGUGUCGAUGACCGCCCAGCGCCUAGUCCAACGGAUGAAAAAGGACUCGAUUCAUUCCGGCCGACGGCCAUCGGGUUUGUGUGGAGCUGCCCUCCUGCUGGCGGCCCGUAUGCACGACUACAGCCGUACGCCAAAUGACAUCGUUCGCAUCGUGAAGAUUCACGAAUCGACACUGCGCAAACGGCUGGUUGAAUUUGGUGAAACGCCCAGCAGUGCACUCACAUUGGACGAGUUUAUGUCUGUCGAUCUAGAGGCGGAGCAGGAUCCUCCGGCGUUCAAGGCUGCCCGGAAGAAGGACAAGGAGCGCUUGCAGAAGUUGGGUGAAUCGACUACGGAGUUCAAUCAGCUUCAGGCAGAAAUUGAUGCCGCGUUGGAUCGCGACCUUCAUAAAACUAUGAGCCGGAAGCGCCAUUGUAAAGGGGAAGAUUUUGGAGUGGACGAGUCGCGGGAAACUGACCAGUUUAUUAAUGAGUCAACAAUUGACGUCAUAAAUCAGUGUCUGGAUGAUGAUCCGGACGAUCCAAGACCAGAUGGGCAAGGGAAUGUGCGUCUGAAGACCGCCGUUCCAGAAGGCAUCAAACCAGAUCUGAUGGCGAUGUGUUCCAAUGCAGAACAGCGCAGGGAAGGUGCAAAACAAGAAGCCAAAGAUGAUGAUGGAGAUCUGAUUUCGGAAGAUCUUGACGAUGAGGAAAUUGACGGGUAUAUUAUGACGGAGGAAGAAGCUCGCUACAAAGAUAUGAUGUGGAACCGGUUACACGCUGAGUAUCUUAAAGAGAUGAAAGAAAAGGAGGAUAGGUUAGCGAAGGAGCGCGAAGAAGGGAAACCGGAAAAGAAAAAGAGAAAAAAUCAUCGAAAGAAAGUUAUAGGACCAUCCAACUCGGCCGGUGAAGCUAUCGAGAAGAUGCUUCAGGAGAAGAAAAUCUCCAGUAAGAUCAACUACGACAUAUUGAAGACACUCACGGAUUGCGCCAGUACCAGUGAACAGCAACCGGAAACGCCCGUGAAGCAAGAGUCCAGCGAUAUCGACAUCCUUUCGCGGACACGAAUUAAACCGGAAACGGCACUAUCCAGAAGCGCAAGAUCUGCAGUAAAUUUGUCAUUCCCCGGCCGAAGAAAACCAAUUGCAACUCUACCCGUCAUAAGCAGUGUUUCGGAGAACGUAAAAUUGAUUGACGAGGAACCUCCGACGCCGAAAGUUGAACAUGCCGACCAAAUCGAUGAUUAUGACGAUGACGUCGACGCAGAGCCGGAGCCAGAACCGGAACCGGAACAUAAAUCGUUGGCCGAUAUGCUGAACACAGGCGACGAUGAAGACUACUAUGGCUACGAAGAGGAUUACUAGGUAAUUAGUUCAUCUAUAGCUCUAAAUUCUCUGUUCACUAUUCCAUUGUAGGAUACAAAGCCUGUUUUAUAUAUUAUUCAUCUAUAGAUGAACAAUUGCUGGCUUAUAUUACUGUAUUUACGCAUCUCCAUAACCGAAUAUAUUACUAUCGUGUUUCAA